AUGUAUAGAAGAUUUCACGUCACGAACAUUGACAACUGUCUAUAUCGUCAUCUACUCACAAGAAAGCAGUUGUUUUCAGGUGUAGGCUGGUCAGCGUCACGUAGUCACCCACCAAUAGCCAGUGGUUCUGGGGGUAGCGCUAGCAGUGUACGGAUCGGAGCCAUAAAUGUACGAGUGGUAAUUGGUGCCCUGAACCAGAUAAGCGCUGAUGUAUUGGCCCAUUGUGCUCCAAAGGAUCUUCAGCUCAGCUCUGGUGCCUUGUCGCGGGUUUUACUAAAUGACGCUGGACCUGGACUUCAGCAUGAACUUAGCAGUGUUGCAAGGAACGGAAUCGAUUAUGGUUCAGUUGUCACUACCCAAGGACACAAUUUAAAGUGCAAAUACGUGCUUCAUGGUUCACUGCCCAAGUGGGGAACUUCCUCUCCAGAUCCUUUGAAAUGUCUAGAACAAUUUGUGUCCGGAUGUUUGGAAACUGCAAACUUCAACUCCAUGAGAUCAAUUGCAUUUCCUACCCUCGGCAUCGGUGCUUUAGGGUACCCAACAAAGGCAGCCGUUCAGGGAAUGGUCCAGAGCAUUAAACGAUUCGCUCACAAACAUCAGGCGUUCCUCACAGACAUCUCGAUUGUAGUCUUUAGUGGAAGCGGCGACUGUGCGACCGUACAAUAUGAAUUAUCAAAGGAGCUUGGAAUUAGCAUGGGUGCAUCAGUCAACCAAGGGUCAAUAUCUCAUAACCCACCACCGAGUUCUUCUUCACAAGGGACGUCACGGACAGUGGCAGGUGGAUCCAUCAACAGAAUCCCAGUCAAUGUCGUAGUAGGAAGUCUAUCGAAUCAAAAUGUUGACGUCAUCGUGAACAGCGUCGGCCAGGACCUGGCCAUGACUUCCGGUUCUUGUUCUGCCAUUGUAGCAGCUGCCGGUCCCAAUCUUGCUAAGGAGUUACUUCAGAAUAAUACCAGCCUUCCUUACGGAAAAGUCGCAGUUACCAAGGGUUACAACCUAAAAUGUGCUGAGGUUUUCCAUGGGGCUUUGCUAUCAUGGUAUUCCAAAGGCGCUGGUAGCACGAAUCAGCCAGAUAUUGUUCUUGAAGAGUUUGUCUAUAAAUGCUUGGAAAAGGCAAUGUCAAAAGGACACAAAACAAUCGCUUUCCCAGCUUUGGGUGCCGGAAAUCUCAAAUUUCCACUGAAUGUAGCAGCUGCGUGCAUGGUGGCUGGCAUAGUAAAGUUUUCCAAGAAAUACAGCAUUGCUGAAGUUCGAAUCGUGUUGUACGGUGGGAGCCCAGACUUACGUCAGCUGGAAAAGGAGUAUAAAGAUGAAAUAUCACAUCCAGGAAGAAAAGUGAACCCUGUUGGACACCCAGUCCCCCACAGACAGUCUCACCAGUACGCCGAACCCCCUCGUGGCACACAAGACUGGUUGUCCUGGAAAUAUCGCGAGGAACUGAGAACACCAAAAUACUGGACAAAAUACACUCACAGGAAUACUCUGAAGGACUGGAAUCUAGACGUAAGGACACAUUUUCAUUCGUUACAACCUGUGGAUCAAGUUGUGUCUAAUUCGAUAGCGGCAGCCUUCAAAAGCACGAUGGGUACGCACACUAUCAAAAGUAUUCAAAGAGUGGAGAAUGUCGACCUGUUUCAGAAAUACGCAGAAGAAUGUCAGAGGUUAUUCCGGAAAGCCUACGUUGAAGGAAACUUUGUUCCAUUGGAUAAGAUAAAGUCCUCACAAGGACCCGUAAAGGUAAUGAAAAGGUUAGAUCCUUCAAUGACACAGCACACCUAUCCGGAAAUCAACGAGUAUUACUUUUUCCACGGCACGAAUGCCCAGCAUGUUGAUGCUAUUUGUUCUCAAGGAUUGGACAGUAGGUUGGCCAACUCUGGGAGAGUUGGGAGUGGUGUGUAUGGGGCGGAAGUGGCCUCCAAGUCCGCUGGCUACGUUGGUCCAAACAGUAAAGGGGAAUGUCCCAUGUUCCUCAUCAGAAUGUGUCUUGGCGAUGUAUACUUGACUGGACAAGGAGGUAAUUUCAAAAGACCGCCAACUAAGACAAAUUCGAGCAAGGGUGGAGGAACCCAGCAAGAUAUGUACGACAGUGUAAUGGCCAAUGGUGGAAGCUUCUCGGACAGAGAGUUUGUGGUGUACGACAGAAAUCAGGCCUACCCAGAGUACCUUAUUUGGUAUAACUCUGCCAACAACUCAUCUGAGGUCAUGGACGAUGUCACAGUGACCUUCUGGUUUUCUACGCUAGUUUCCACAUUUGUCACUUUGUCUAUAAAGAAACUGCUGGUUUCCUUCAUUGAUUUUGCCAAAGCAUGGAGUGAGAAUGCCACAGGGAAAGUGGUCGAUUUCCUUAUCAAUGAAGGGGGCAAAAUAGACGAUACUCUCCCCCAGCCUUAUGCAGAUGAAAUGAGGGGGUUGGCUGAAGCGACAGGGAUACCACUUGGAGAAAUAGUGCUGUACAACAUUUUCUAUGAACUUUUCACUGUGUGUACCUCCAUCGUAGCAGAAGAUCCAUCUGGAAAACUUUUCCAUGUACGAAAUCUGGAUUUUGGUCUAUUUUUGGGAUGGGAUGUUAAAACUAAGACAUGGGAAAUAACGGAUGCCCUGCGUCCUACUGUGGUUAACUUGGAUUUCCAGAAGGGAGGAAAAACUGUCUUCAAAUCUGUGAACUUUGCAGGAUACAUUGGUAUCCUUACAGCUGUGAAACCAGGAAUGUUCACACUAACAAUGAAUGAAAGAUUCAACAUGGAUGGUGGAUACAUAGGUGUACUUGAGUGGAUUCUGGGGAUCAGGACAGGGAAGUGGAUGGGUUUCCUGACCAGAGAGACAAUGGAAAAAGCUGGCUCCUACCAAGAGGCUGUAGCCAUGUUGUCCCAGACAGAAAUGCUGGCUCCUGCAUAUUUCAUCGUUGGAGGCAAUAAGUCAGGAGAGGGCUGUGUGAUCACCAGGUCUCGUGAGAAAGCUAUUGAUGUGUGGAGGAUGGAUCAAGCAAAUAACUGGUACAUCCUGGAGACAAAUUACGACCAUUGGGAAAAUCCCCUCUUCUUGGAUGACCGCAGAACUCCAGCUCACAAGUGUAUGCAGAAAACUACCUCCAAGAAUGUGUCAAUCAAAGGACUGUUUAAUGUAUUGUCCUCAAAACCUGUUUUAAAUAAGUUGACGACUUACUCUGCACUGAUGCAGGUGAACUCGGGACAUCUGGAGAGCUGGUUACAGUACUGUCCAGAUCCAUGUCAGCCAUUUUAAAUCCUGACACCGGAAGUCAGAAGCAGACGACAUGCAUUCCAAGCAAUUACUGUGAUAUUUGUAAACAGUGUAUUCAAACACACACAAUACUCAUACAAGGUGUAUAUAUAAGAUCCAAUCAUUACAAUUAAUGCACUUAUAUUGAUUAUUACAUGUAGAGAUACCUAAAUGUGGCAUAUAUGGGUGGUUGUGUCUUCCUUAUUUGUUUAAGGAUUGUAUGAAUGACUUGCAAUAUUUUUGUUGAUUAUUUUAAGUUAUUUGAAUACUUACACAGUAAUAGGUGAAUAUGUUGUAUGAUUAUAAUUAUUUUUUGAUCUGAUUAAACUACAUGUAUGAUAUGAAA